AUGGCACUUCACCAAGCCUUCCAAGACAAGUCUACCGCUAAAGAUCCACGGCAAACUGACGCUCUAAAGCUUCAGGCGCGGCGACACUACGUUUUUGACAGUAACCAGAGAACGUGCGAUGAAUCGGUCAUCGAAUUGAUCCCGAGUAUUAGAAGGCUGAUUGAGGUCCGUUUCAACGUGGAAGCCAUCAAGAAAGAAAUUGAUGCCAACCCGGAUAUGCCUUUGGAAUUAAAGCUGCAAAAAUGGGAAAAGAUGAAGUUAACUUCUUUUGCACGAAUCCUGGCGCUGGCAUACUCAUAUUCGCUAUUGACUGUCACGUUGAAGUGCCAGAUCUCAAUUUUGGCAGCCGAUAUUUGUACUCAGUUUGAGAAGCCGCGAGAACCAGUGGCGACCGGAUGGUCUUCGUAUCUUCCACCAGGUUUCGCUAAUUAUUUUGGCUCCUCAGCCCCGAGCACUUCUGAACCUCAGAAACAGCCCGACGUCGGUAGCCAGCAGAUUUUCAUGCAGUGCAUCCAGUACUUUACUUCCACAGGCAUCCAACAACUUUUCGAUAACAUCGAAAAAGCCAUGGAAGAGAGCCUACAGAACAUUACGCUAAAGCAACAAAUGAGCAAGGAUGAGGUUCGAGCAAUCUUUGAGUCAGCUGAGAAGCGGAUUUUCAGUGAAGAUGGUGUAGAAUUCUGCCAACUAGUCGCACCGUUGGAUGAGAAUAUGAAUAUGGUCGGCGAAACCCUUCAAAACCUCAUCCGACGCCUUGUCCGUUCGCUGAAAUCGACGGAAUGUAAGGACACGACCCGGGCACUUGCUGAUUAUUACCUGUCCACGGCAUGUGGGCGCAUCCCCGGCUCGUCUCCAGCUCCGUUGGCCAAACUGAUCCCGCCACUCUCCGAUACAUUCCACUCAAUCAGCAGCACUUCAUUCGAAUCUCCCCUCCGCAACAGUCUCUGCUCAUCUGAUGUUCAUCAACUGGCAAUUGCCGUUUUCAGCUCCAAAAUUGCA